GAUGUGUUGGGCAACAACAAGCGAUACAAACAGAGGCACCGUCGUGAUUUGCGACUUAACUACGAUUCUGAUUCUUCAGAUGAGGACUAUGAGAAUGAAAAAGAAAAUGCCGAGAAAGCAAAUGGAGAGAAGGAAGAUGUCCUGGACGAAGACAUGUUUGCCAGCGAUAAUGAAGAGAAAGACGAACCUUGUAAGGAUGUUAAGGAUCCAAAAAAGCCCGAGUUUCUUGAUAUUGAUGAGUUUGAACGUCAGGAAGGAAUUGGCCAAUUCGACGAAGAAGUACCUCUAGCUACAGAUGAGAAUUCCGAUUCUGAGGAACCGGAAGAAGAUGACCCCGAAGUGGUAGAAUAUUACAACAACAUUGAAGAUUACAAUGAACAAAAUAGUGGAAGGCUAAAGAGGAAAGAGCCUAAAAUAGAAGCUUUCAAUUUACGAGAAGAAGCCCUGGAAGGACAAUUCGACUUGGAUGGCAAUUAUAUACGACAGGAAGAGGACAACCAUACCGAUGCUGAACAGGAAUGGCUCAAUGAUUACAAGAGGUCAGAUGUGCUCAAUGCCCGAAAAGCUCAGGAACAACGAGAAAAAGCAAGGGAAAAGAAACUAGUCGAAUCAGCCCAAGAACUAAUAUCUACCGACAAGUUAUUGACGGAUCUCGUCGAAUGUCUAGAGGCAGCAGAAACACCCAUGGAGGCUUUGGCUAGAUUGGCACCGAAAAAGAAGAAUAAGAACAAAGUUGAUGAAACAGAGAAGCAGAGAAAGAAAUUGGUUGUCAGAAUCACAGAACUAUGUGAUAAACUUAUCAACGAAAAGAACAUCACUGAUACUUACGAUAUGAGUAGAGAGGAGUUCAUGAGACUAUACAAACAGGAAACAGGACAAGAUUACAAAAUCUCCGGCAGAGGAACCAAAAGGACCAGAGAGGAUGAACCUGAGAAUGAAGCUCAAACAGAAGCAUCGGCAGAAAACGAAGAGGAAUAUGGCGAAAAGAUAUGGUUAUUCCAAUGGAUUGACGAUAGCAAUGUCCACGGCCCAUUUUCUGCAUACGAAAUGAGUCAUUGGAAAGAAACAUAUUUCAAUAACCAAGUUGUAGUACGUAAACUAGAUGAAGAGGAGUUUGUUCCCGUAGAGACAGUAGAAUUUAACGAAACGACAUGA